AUGGCUGGUCCGACUGUAUUCGAAGACGUCGCUGGGGAAUUCGCGCUCGAUGGAGUCGGCCAAUUGUUCGAGGGCAAGAAGUUCUGGGUCGCGCAACGCGUGCCCUCGCGAGUGAGGCUGCUAGAUGACAUCAAGGCCAACGGCGGUGAGGUGGUGCUGCUGGAGAAGAGAGCCGACUACAAGAUCGCCGACCAUUUCCGGAAAGACUGCCCGCCUGGAACCAUCUCGUACGAGUUCGUCACCAAAUCUAUCCAAGAUGGACGCCUCCGCGAUCCCGAAGACCACCCCGCUGGUCCGCCAGAGGGUGACGCGCGCGCGCCGGGAGACCUGCACCGGCCUGCAAAGGGCAGCAGGACGCCAUAUACUCCCGAAGAGGACGCGAUAUGCUGUAAGUGGGUCCGCGAUUGUGUAGCUCGAGGUGGAUCGGCCAGUGGAAACGAGAUAUACAAGCAGUUGGAAGAAAAGUACUCGCGACAUCCAUGGCAAUCAUGGCGCGACCGCUACCUCAAGCAGCUCCGGAAUCGGCCACCGUCCGCUUUCAACAUCCCCGACAAUGCGCCACCCUCUCCUCCCUCAGAUCAUCCCUCCGAGCAGCCAGCCCGAGCUACCCCAGUGCCCAACCCAGCGAAUCAAGCCACGGAAAAGGUCACGGGGCAUGGAACAGCCAGGGACACCAAAUCUGCGGUCCCUCCGAACUACACCCUCGAACAACUGGCAGCCACCUUUAGCUCAGAGGACUGGGAGGAACUCUACGCUAAUGUAGAUGUCAUCAAUGCCAUAGACGGCGACGACAAGUCGAAUUACGAGAAAGCUUGGAAAAAAUGGGCAGAGGCGCAAGACAACCAAACAGCUGAGCAGUGGCAGCAGUAUUACGAGAAGGUCGUUCGUCCGCAGUGGAUGCGCGAUCCUGAAAGCAAACGAGAGCAGGUCAAGCAGAAAGUCGACAAGAAACACGAAGCUCAGAGUCAAAGUCAAACUGCCGAUCAGCAGCAACAGGAAGACUUACAUGAAGAUGCAUCCACAGGAGCCACAUCAACUGGCGCAGAGAGCAACAAGAUCAGCAAAGAGGCGCCUGUAGCUGCGGGCAAUGAAAGGUUUCAAGGAGAAGCAAGCAAGCUCCCCUCUGAGAACAAGAUGAUGUCUUCUUCCACGGCUCAGUACGAGUCUCCCAAGUACAUCAAGGCAAUGUACCAAAACGUGCUCAAGCGUGCACGCGGAGACGACACUGAGGAGCAACAGCCAGGACAGCAGAUUCCACGAGAGCAGUCUCCCCCGCCUAAGAGGCAGAGAAGCCUAUCUCCUAUAACCAGGACUACAUCUACUGUACCGGUUCAAGCGGGUACAUCGAAGCAGCCAGUGGAGAUAUUCUCCAGCGAUGGUUCUAGUUCGGACGAAGAGGGUAUGCAACUGAACAACCAGAUCAUGGAAGACGUCAAACAGCCACAGCAUGACCGUCAUGUCUUGGCCCAGGGUGAAGUCGAAGAAGAUAUCGAGAGGGUGGAGCCUGAGGACCUGGUCGACAUCGAGCAGUCGCCUGCACCACCAGAAGUACUCGGAGAGCGAUCAGAAGAUGAACUUCCCUCCAACACACCGACACCACGUCCACCUCGACACAGGACCAACAAUUUCGAUACUCAGGCGAUCUUAUCAUCUCCCUCACAAGACGCGCGGAUCAGCAAACUACCACGUCCGAUCGACUUCACACAAGCCAUGGAAACACAAGACGAGCAACGCAGUUCCUCCCUUGCACCUCACUUAGACUCCGACAACUCGACCACGCAAUCCUUGCAAGAGUUCCGCCGCUCGCUCAAUGGCGAGGAGAUCUCUCAACUGUCUUAUCCCGCCCUGCAACCGCUCCCACGCGCCCCAUCGUUCUCUCCUACUCCUUUCAACAGCUCCGACGACUCCGACGACCCUGACCCUCCCCUAGCGGCAGACGAGCUCGACGACUUCUUCGCCGCCCAGAAUGCAGUUGGUCUUUCCGACGCCUUUGUUGCUAGAGCUCUUAAGCGAACGCGAUGUCGCCCAGGCCUUGCCGAGAUUGUUCUAGAUGCAUGGAAAGAUGGCAAGCCUUUGCCAUGGCAGCGUGGUAUCUGGAGUCUGGAGGAUGAUGAAGCAGCAGAAAGUGGAGAUGGCGUUGAACUAGCGCAGCUAGAGAGGAAGCAUACGUUGGAUGGGUGGGGCGGGAUUACGGAGCGUUUGAGGUUCUUGGAGGGGUAUAGGAGUCGAUAG